AUGUCCACCGACAUCCAGGAAAAGAUCGCCGCCGCUCGUCGGGAGGCCGAGACACUCAAGGAGAAAAUCCGUGCGAAACGCGACCAGCUGGCCGACACCACCCUCCGGGCCAUGGCUGCCGAAAUCGACCCUCUGCCCCGGAUCCCCAUCAAGCCCCGGCGAACCCUGAAGGGCCAUCUGGCCAAGAUCUACGCCAUGCACUGGGCCCAAGACCAACGCCACCUCGUCUCGGCAUCCCAGGACGGCAAGCUGAUCGUCUGGGAUGCGUAUACGACCAACAAGGUCCAUGCCAUCCCGCUGCGCUCCUCGUGGGUCAUGACCUGUGCCUACGCCCCCUCCGGCAACUUUGUUGCCUGCGGCGGCCUCGACAAUAUCUGCUCGAUCUACAACCUCCGCUCCAAGGAGGGAUCCGUCCGAGUGGCCCGUGAGCUCAGCGCACACACCGGCUAUCUGUCCUGCUGCCGAUUCUUGAACGACCGCCAAAUCCUCACCUCGUCUGGAGACAUGUCGUGUAUGCUUUGGGAUAUCGAGGCGGGCGUCCGAGUCGUCGAAUUCAACGACCACUCCGGCGAUGUCAUGAGUCUCUCGCUCGGUCCUAACCUGAAUACCUUUGUCUCCGGGGCAUGCGACGCAACUGCCAAGGUAUGGGAUGUCCGGACAGGAAAGGUCGUCCAGUCCUUCGUAGGCCACGAAUCGGACAUCAAUGCUGUAUGCUUCUUUCCCAAUGGGGAUGCAUUUGCGACGGGCUCGGACGAUGCCUCGUGCCGGCUGUUCGACCUGAGGGCCGACCGCGAGCUGAAUCAGUACACACACGACAACGUGCUCUGCGGGAUCACCUCGGUGGCCUUCUCCGCCUCGGGCCGGAUCCUCUUCGCAGGCUACGACGACUUCAACUGCAACGUCUGGGACACGCUGAAGGGCGAACGAGUCGGCGUUCUGGCCGGCCAUGAGAACCGCGUCAGCUGUCUCGGCGUCUCGUCUGACGGAAUGGCGCUCUGUACCGGCAGCUGGGAUAGCAUGCUCAAGGUCUGGGCAUGA